GGAGGAAGUAGUUUAUUUCCUACCAAACAAAAUGGAAACACUUGUUUUGAAUUUGCUUUAAAUGUCCCGAAAUAUUCCAGAUAUUUUGUCUUUUUCGUUCUUUUCUCGACUUUAAUGUAACAGCGGACUGUUACUGUGAUUAUAUAAAGAGUUUGGAGAAGUUAGUUUGAGGGGAGAACCGUGAAUGUCGGUGAACUACAGUCACUACAACAACAAAUAUCCUCGCAGCUAGCUUCGUGCUAACGUGCUGCGAUAAACAAGCUCAUAAUUUAGAUUUUAUUUUUAAACUUAAGACCGGACAGAAGCCAAAAUGCCUCGGAGAGGUGUUGGAGCGGGAGCUAUUGCCAAAAAGAAGCUGGCAGAGGCCAAAUAUAAGGAAAGAGGAACUGUUCUUGCAGAGGAUCAGAUAGCCCAGAUGUUCAAGCAGGUGGAGACCUUCAAAUCAAACCUGGAGGAGUUUGCCAGCAAGCACAAACAAGAAAUCCGGAAGAACCCACAGUUCAGGGUUCAGUUUCAGGAAAUGUGUGCCACCAUCGGAGUUGACCCACUUGCCUCUGGCAAAGGUUUUUGGUCUGAGAUGCUCGGAGUUGGUGACUUCUAUUACGAGCUCGGCGUACAGAUCAUUGAAGUGUGCCUGGCCCUGAAACACAGAAACGGAGGGCUUAUUACUUUGGAUGAACUCCAUCAGAGAGUACUGAAAGGAAGAGGGAAAUACGCCCAGGAUGUGAGCCAAGAUGACUUGGUGAGAGCCAUAAAGAAACUGAAGGUGAUGGGGAAUGGUUUCGGGAUGAUUCCUGUUGGUGGUUCUUACUUGGUGCAGUCAGUCCCAGCAGAGCUCAACAUGGACCAUACUGUAGUUCUACAACUGGCCGAGAAAAAGGGAUACGUCACAGUGAGUGAGAUCAGGGACAGCCUGAAGUGGGAGAAGGAGCGGGCGUCUCAUGUCCUGGAUCACCUGCUGAAAGAAGGCCUGGCCUGGUUGGAUUCUCAGGCAGCUGGAGAGUCGCAGUACUGGCUGCCUGCUCUCUUCUCUGAGCUCACGUCCCGUGAUAUCACACCAGAGGAGGCCAAUCAGAUGACACCUUAAAAAAAACAAAAAAAUCAUGGGGUGGACCUGGA